CCACACCGCCUCACCCCGCGUCUGCGGCACGCUCCCGCCUCAGUCUCGGCCCCGUCUCGCACCUCUCCAGGCUCCUGUCCACGCCGAGCAGUCGCCACUGCCGUGCGUGAACCUCUCCGGCGCUCGCAUCGCGCCGCCUCGCCGGCACGUCGCCCGCAAGCGCUGCCUGGCCGAGCAUCUCGUCGCUCGGCGCAGCAGUUGAUACGGCCCAGCUGGCGUCCACGCCUGCUCGUGCAGAGCGCUCGCUGCCGCUCAUGCACUCCGAGCCGCAGUCGACGCAGCCGCACGCCUCGCUUGCGCAACAGCAGCCGCGCAGCAGCCACUCGGCCUCGUCGUCCGUGUCGACUGGCGGCGCCUUCAGCGGCGCGCCCUCGGCGGCCAGCACGUCCGAGGGCAGCAGCAGCGCCGCCAGCACGAGCCGCACGUCGUACGACGUCUCUGCAGGUGCUGCCGCCGUUCACUCCGACACACUGCGCGACAUGGCAUCAGGACACCCGCUGUCUGGCAGCUCUGACGUGCUGGCGGCCGAGUCUUCUGGCGCCCGGCGCGAGCGCGAGGUCAGCGCCGAGUCGCAGCUCUCAGUGCUCUCUGGCGUCAGCAGCGCCUCAUCGGGCAGUGUUGGAAGGCGGACCCAUGUCGCAGCGCCGCCGCCGUCCUCGUGGCAGACGCAGCAGCAGGCAUCGGCCGGCCGUGCGCGCGCCUCCUCGGUCGACUCUCCGACCACCGCUGCGCCCAAAGCCCGCCCUGUUGCGGAAGCAGCCUUGCCAGCUGCGAGCGGCGCGAGCCAGUCUGCUGCGGUGCCGCCGGCUGUUCCUCCGCCGGUGCGGCAACGAGCGACCACGCUGCGCUAUCACGGCCAGAUCGUCGAGCCCGACGACGGUCCCAGCAGCUCGCUCUCUCCCUCGCAAGGAGGCUCGCAGUCCGGCGGCAGAACGCCCCGCAACAGCAUGUAUGCUGCCUUUGCGGCGGAAACGCGGCAGCCGCCCGCAGCGCCCGAAUCGCAGCCGCCCAGUCCGCGCGAGCGGCGACGGCUGUUCGGGCGGAGCAAGACGGGCUUCGGAAGCAGCCGCGACUCGCUGGUGCAGACGCCCGACGGCGAGCCUGCGCAUCCGUCUCCUGGGCGUGCGAGCAGUCUGGUGCGCCGCAUGGGAAGCCGUACCUUCUUCGGUGGCGGCCGCAACGAUGCCGCAAUGGCGAGCACCGACUCGCUCGCCAGCUCCACCGGCAGUGCCGCGACCGAAGGCAAGUCCUCGUCGAGCUUGACAUCGAAGCGCUCGGGCGAUCUGUUGGGCAGGACAGCGACGCUGCCGAACUGGGUGCGGCGUAAGCAGAAGGACAAGUCAGGCUCAGUGUCGGCGGGGAGCGCCCCUGCCGGCAGCGUAGACGGGCGCAGCGAGGGACGCGCCAGCAUCGAGAGCCAGGCGUCCGUCACCGAGUUCGGACGCCGCGUCGAUGCGGGCGCAGGCGAGGGCCACUCCGGAUCUGCUGGGUCUGUUGGCUCUCAAAGCCAGCGCUCGUCUAUGCCCGCUGCUCUAGCCGCACCCGACGACGAGCCGCUGCCGCGCCGACUUAGUGGCUGGCUGCUCAACAUGCUCGGCACGUCUGAAGCAGAAGUCGCACGGCCUCGCGCCGGCGAGCCAGGCGCGCCCACGACGCGCAUGCCUGCUGCUCGUCCAACGGUCCUUACGCAUCGCGGCAGCACGGGCUCUGCGGGCAGCGCGCCUUCCAGCUCGCCUGUACUGCUGCCCGCAGGCAGCGCCGCGACCACUGCGGGCCUGACAGGUCCGCCCGCGCCCGGCUCGCGCAAGGCGGGCCUGCUCACGAGUCUGUCGUCCUCGGCGCGUCAGCGAGUCGGCAACCUGGACCGUGCUGUGCGCUCUCUGCGCGACGGCGAGGUUGCUGCGACGGGCGAUGGCGCAGCUGAGGAAGGCAUCUGGCUACUCGGUGUGCUGCACGGCGGCUCAGCCCAGCAACAGCGCCGCUCGCUGCUCGACGCCGACUCGCCUCCACUUCAGCCCGGCGGCCCGACGAUCGAGAUUCAGGGCGCCUCGCCGAACAUUGCUCGCGUCAAGUCCGGCACCGCGCCGAGCUCGUCAGCGGGCCGCACGAGUGAGACGAGCUCGCUUAGCAGCGGCAGUGCGCCGCGGCGGCGCAUCCGCGAGACGUCGCCCGGCGCGGAGUCGGCGUACUCGAGCGUGCUGAGCAGCGAUGGCGGCGUCGAGCAGCACGACUUCCCACGCACGCCAUCGCCGACCAAGCCUGCCUCGCUUGCGGACAGCAACGAGGAGGCAGUCAUUGUGCGCAAUCCGCCCACGCCACACAGCUCGCCAAAUCCCUCAUCGAGCUACGCGCCGCGCAGCAUCGCGGCCGCCGUGUCGGCUGCAGGCGAGUACGCUGCCGCCACUGCACUCGCUGCGGUCAGCGGCCCUGCACCCGUGUCUGCGUCCGAGUCUGUGGCGAACGCGUUCCAGCACGACUUUGCCUCACGCGUCUGGUGCACGUACCGUGCCAACUUUGCGCCCAUCUCGCGCGACGGCAGCAUCUCGGCGCAUGCUGAGGCGGCUGCCGCUCAGGCCGCGGCGGAGGCCGCCAAAGUGGAGGCAUCUGGCUUGCCGAACCCAUCGGCGCCGAGCACGUCCGCAGCGCGCAAUGAGCGGCAAGGCACGCCAGCAUCAGCCGGUACGCCUGGACAGCGCGGCUGGCUGGGUCGUCGCGUCGGCGAGGGCGGCUCCUCCGCUGACCUCCUCAGCACGUCGCCGACCAGCCCACACGUGCAGCAGAGUCCCGGGCUCGGCGCAGCUUUGGGCGUGGCGCGCGCCGUCGGCUCUGCCGCCGCGAGUCCCAGCACAAGCUAUCCCGUCGCAGGCGGAACAGGCGGUCUGGGCGAGCGCAUGGGCAUUCCGAGCCUGUGGGGCCGCACGACCGCCGCGCUCUCGGCCACGCUCGGCGUGCGCUCGGACCUCACGCGCGACUCGGGCUGGGGCUGCAUGCUGCGCACGGGUCAGAGCCUGCUGGCCAACGCGCUGCUCGAUGUGCAUCUCGGACGCGAGUGGCGGCGUGCGCCUCGUCCCCUGCCUGACGGCUCCGCUCCAUCGAAGGAGGAAGAUGGCGGCCGUGCAUACGAAGCAUGGCAUCAGGAGCGCAGCCGCUACGCCACGUACGUGCGCGUGCUCAGCUGGUUCUUCGACGAUCCGAGCCCGGCGUGUCCCUUUGGCGUGCACCGCAUGGCGCGCGAGGGCAAGCGGCUCGGCAAGGAGCCUGGCGAGUGGUUCGGACCCAGCACGGCGGCCGGCGCCAUCAAGCAGCUUGUCGACGACUUCCACGGGGCAGGCAUCGGCGUCAGCCUCGCAGCCGACGGAGUCGUGUACCUGAGUCGCGCACGCAAGGCGGCACAGGUUCCCGGCUCGCAUGCUUCGCCCCACGGCUCUCAUCGCUGGCAGCGGCCGGUGCUGGUCCUGAUCGGCGUGCGUCUCGGCCUCGACGGCGUGAACCCUGUGUACCACGAGUCGAUCAAACGCGUCUUCACAUUCCCGCAGAGCGUCGGCAUUGCCGGCGGCCGACCGAGCUCGUCGUUCUACUUCGUCGGCUACCAAGGCUCGAAGCUCUUCUAUCUCGAUCCGCACAACCAGCGCCCUGCCGUGCCCUUCCGGCAUCCGCCGCCGUCCCUGCAAGCCAACGAUGCGGCGCCCGACGCGGCCGAUGAGUGGUGGACGCACGUGUACAGCGAGGCAGAGCUCUCGACAUACCACUAUGCGCACGCGCCGAAGCGCAUGGCGGUCGAAGGCCUGGAUCCGAGCAUGCUGCUGGGCUUCCUGUGCCACGACGAGGCCAGUCUGGAGGAUCUCGCCGCUCGCGUACGCGCGCUGCCCAAGCCCAUCUUCAGCAUGCAAGACAAGCCGCCGCGCUGGAUGAUGGACGAGCAGGACGGCUCGGACGGCGAGGGCGGCGCCUACGACGAGGAUGCGGCGCUGGAGAGCUUCAGCGAGAGCUCUGUCGAUGCCGGCGACGAGGCAGGCCGCGAUGACGCCGACUCGGACCAUGACGAUGAGGACAACGACUUUGCGCCGCCUCGUCCGGGCCAUGCAAGCCGCAGCACGUCUGCCAACGAUCUCUCUGGCUUCACCGAGGUCCCGCCCGUCACGGCGCGCAACUCUGAGCAUGCGCCGAGCAGCUGGCGCGGUGCUGCAGCCAUGUCGCGCUCGUCGUCGCAGGGCUCGCUGGGCUCUGCCUCGGCCACGUCUCACGGCGCACCGAGCGGCUCGAGCUGCGAGGCGCGACAGCGGCCCAGCGCCCAGCUUGCCUUUCCCGGAGCAAGCGACGAGCAAGACGAGCCAGAGCACGAGGCUCAACAGUCCAACAGCCGACAACGUCGCAAUCAGCCGCCUCCCGUGCGCCAACGAGCGCGAGUCGAGACGGGCGCGCGGCGUCCUCACGACGCCAACGCCAUUGCGCGGGCGCGUCAACAUGUGCCCGACGUGCCUGCCGUCGCGUCGCCGCCGCUGCGAGAGAGCAGCAGCGGCAUCAGCAACCACCACAACAACAACAUCACCAACGCGCCGCUCAUCACGCAGCGUCUCCGCUCGCGCACCGCACCAGCGAGCGAGGAGCAGCUGUCGGACAGCGACGUCACGUCGACGUGGGAGCAGGUCGGCGCUGCGCCGCCGCCUCGCGCUCCUGCUGCGGCGGCACCGCUGCCGCACAAGUCGUCUGCGCCUGCGCCGCGCUACGACGACUCGGACGAUGACUUCUAGACGCUGCGCCUACCUCUCUACAGCAUACCACGCAGCAGCCGCCCCUUCCUUGCCCUCCGCCGCGACUUUACUUACCCCCAAAGGCAGCGCCGGUCGCCCCGCCGCAUUCCCCACCUCGCAUACCCACGCCGUCUUCUCUCUCUCUCCCGCUCAUCACGUUCCCGCGCUCCUCACUGUACACUACAUCUUUGCGCUGCUGCCGUGUCAUCGAACCGCUUGUCCCGUC